AUGAAGCUUACUUUACCAGGAGUCAGUAUAUUACUUUCCCUCCUCAUUAUACCAGUGGCGGCCGAGAGUCGAAUGGCUAUGUUUGACAAGCAGUACGCUAAAGUACAGUCUGAACUGGCCAAUGCAUAUGCCGAGUUAUCAGGAUAUAAUGGGGAAAUGGCGAAAAUUCCCGGGCUAUUCGCCUCCUUGCACUAUGCGAGGUCCAGUAUCGUCGAGGUGUCCGAAUCCAUAGGUGCCGUGGACACAUUCGAACCGGAUGAAGCCGAAAUCAUCGGGAAUAUGACUGUUGGAAUCGUGCCCGCCGCUACCGAUUUCUUGAACUUGGCUUCAAUGAAGGUUAAGCUCAUUCCGACCGAGCAAAUCCCAAGUCAAAGUGUCCGCUCGAAGAUUACAGAGUGGGCAAAAGACUGUAUCCGUGAUGACAAAGCGCUUUUUACCAAGAUAUUGGGCAAGUGCCAGUCAGUUGAUAGGAACGCACUUGACUCUGCUAUCCUUGAUAUAACGAAUGCAUAUACUGCAGCUCAGAAAGCGCUUGACUGA